AUGAGUCGAGCUCAUCGCAGUUGGUACCGGAAAUUUGUUCAGUUCAAUUUGUGGGCGACACUCUACAGCUCCUGGGUACUCGGACUAUUUCCCUUCAUCUACAAUUCAAGGACGAGGAAAAUCAAACGCUCCAGAUGGUUAGUUGGAUACGGAAUCAUCUUGAAUGUAGUGGUAGUUUGGGUCGCAUUACAGAACUAUGCGGCAACAGAAUCAGCUUCUAAACAGAAGAUCUAUAAACGGAAUCCAUUGGCUCAUCAAAUCAAUCAAAUACAUAAUGUUCUCCUUCUAAGUACAGUCUUUGUUACGUACUUUCGCAAUUGGUGGGUAAGUGAGGAACUCGGCAGGAUACUCAACAUGCUGCUCGAUCUACACCAUCGUCAUUUUAUCGAGAUCGAUUCAAAUGGCUGUAAAGAUUUUGAUAACUAUAUAAUUUACAAGGGAUCGUGCAUUAUGCUGGAACUUACAUCAAUGAUCAUCAUGGCAAUUUCACAUGCCUCCGGCUACAGUUAUGGAAUGCUUCUAGGCGUAUUUAGUAUUCACAUGCAGCUCGGAGUUCUUCUUGUUAGUAUGCAUUACCAUCUUUGCAUCAUGUUUAUCUAUCGAUCGGCUUGGAUUUUAAAUCUUGAGCUUCUGAGACUUGUGAAUCAACUGAGCGUGUCUCAAGCUAUAAAAUCAACUAGAGUUGACAAGCUUCAUUAUCUUUACAAACGUCUUUUGGAGCUCAGCCAACGACUUGUGGCCGUUUACGACUAUCAAAUUACACUUCUUAUGAUGUCUUUACUCACAGUCAACAUUAUCUCUCCAUUCUGUAUAAUCAUCUAUACAAUAAACUUAAAAAAUCAUAUUACCAUGUUUAUCGGGUUUCGGUUUGUGCAGGCUAUAUUCAUUAAUUUGAUAGAUUUUUGGCUGCAUAUUGCCGUCUGUGAAUUGGCCGUGCGUACAAAUCGAGGAACUGCAAGGAUUCUUAAGCUUUUCAAUGAUAUACCUUACUUGGGUGUGGAUUUAGAACGUAGUAUCACAGACUUUGUACUAUUUUCCAACCAUCGACGAUUGCAAUUUAAUCAUUUUGGGAUGUUUGAUGUCCACAAUGAAAUGGGAUUUCGAAUGGUUAUCACUAGCACAUUGUAUCUAGUUUACUUAGUCCAGUUUGAUUAUAUGAAUUUGUAA